AUGGCCAUUGACGAAAUCUCGGGAAUCAUGGACCAUUCUGAGGCUUGCACCCUACAGAUCGAGAUGGAGAGAAAUCCUCAGCUACCACUCCAUCCUGAGCUUUGGGACUACGCGCUGGCACUUCUCUGCGAGAAUUCUCCUCUCAGCUUGCUUCGCUCUUGUUGCUCGGAUUGGGCUGAGAAGAGGUGGCCUGGUGAGGUUGGAACAAAUUCAGCCCGCUAUCGUUUAACCACACACGAUGCCUCAUCUCUCUAUCAGUCUAUUUCAAAAGAACACGGAAUUCUGCAAUGCUCUGCUGCUGAGGAAAACCUAGAUCUGUGGUUCCGAAAGGAGAAGCCUCAUCCGCCAUCAUCCCUGCUGCCCAACUCAUGCCUUCACUACCAAGCCCACAAAAAGCCUGAGACUGACCGCUUUGAGAUCGUUCUGGUGACCCUGGAUAUGCACAAGGCUGCCUGGAAGUAUGGACACAAGAAACAGGUUCUUAUGAAUCUCACUUUCAGAUUCUGCUCAGCGUGGGCGCUCUUGGCAAUCUUGAUGGCCAUUGACAGUUCUGGAUCUGGGGUACCUAUUGCGCUCAUAAUAUUCACAGCACGUGAAAGUGCUCAGGCCAUACAUGCAGACUAUGAUACUGCUGUUCUGGACCGACUUCUUGCACACUACAAAAAGGGAAUGGGCACAGACGAGCAUGGAGAAGAAUUCGAUAUUCAGGUUGCUGGCACUGAUAAUGACCCAUGUGAACAAGGAGCACUUUCCAAAAAUUGGGCAACUGUCUUUCUCAUUCUCUGCAUGUUCCAUGUUUGGCAGGCUUGGCAUAACGGGCUCAAUCACUACCUCCGCUCAAUUCCAAAAGGAGACACCUGGCAAUCUGUUCAAAAGUGA